GUUCGUCCCCCGACAACGUUCAUGAUUCCAGUUUAAUUCCACGUUGCAGCCAACAGCGCGGUGUGCGACGCAAUAUCCGGCGCCGCGGGGUGGACGCAAGGGGUGGGACAUGUCGUCCCCUUCCCCCACGGGCGAAUCUCACGGUGGGGUUUGCAUGUCGCGCCUGGCCAGACAAAGGGCGAGCUAGAGCCAAGGUUCGAGAGAUGGGAUCCAAGAUUAGCCCAACAUUGCCAUUUCUGGUAAUAAGCCAGGGGCAAGGAACAUUCGAAGAAGGCCGUCCAACGUGGGCGGGAUGGGAACUAGUGCGGGUACGUUGACUCGCGGUGCAGUAGUCCAAAACCUGGUCCUGAACGCUUUUGUGCGGAGAAAAGACCCGGUAUCCUUGUUCCUGGUUUGGAGGACCAUGUUGGAUCAAACUCUGGGACAAACUUUCACACAGCCUCCCCACUCCGAUAAGAACGAGGGAGAAAGUUCCGAACCACGUUGCACGCUCGGCAUGCUGCUCUUAUAUGUGAUAUAUAUCUCCAUCCGCCGGCAUGCUACUCUACCAGCGCCGUUGUCCGCUCCACCGUCAAGAGCGCUACCAAGCGAGACCGCCCUAUCGAUAGAUAGAGAUAUCAUCGACGAGUGCGGGGCAUAACGACGACGCCUUCCCACUGACGAUCAACGACGAUCAACGACGAUCAACGACAAUCGACACGGCUGGACGAAACAGGGCAGGGGGCCAGCAGUGCCCGUAACCAACCGCCGCCGCCGCCAUGGACUACAUCACGCUGACCAUUCACUGGUCUUUCAGCGGCCUGGCCCUGCUCAUCAUCUUCGCGCGCCUGCUGUGGCGCCGGCUGGCUAGGCAGAGGUACAAGGCGGGUGACUAUCUCAGUAUCGCGGCCGCCGUCUGCGUGCUCGCGCGCAUGGCAACCAUCCACGUCGUGCUCAUCUGGGGCACCGCCGACGCCUCGGGCGCGCCUCACAAGGGCCAGGUCCUUGACGCCGACGAGGUCCGCCGGCGCGAGAUCGGGGGUCAGCUGGUGCUGGCGAACAGGAUGAUUUUCAACUCUUUUCUUUGGCUGCAAAAGCUCGUCCUCCUCGACUUCUACCGCCGCCUGAUCAAGAACCUCUGGUACGAGCGCAUGUGCACCUGGACCUACCUCGCUGUCCUGCUCGCCACCUACGCCUCGGUGCAGGCCACAACCCUGAGCGAGUGCCGCCCGCUGCGCCUGUACUGGCAGGCGGCGGCGGCGGUGUCGGAUGGUCCCGGUGGCAGCAGCGAGUGUGCGCGCGGUCCCGUGCAGCUCUUCGUCGCGGCCGUCAACGACGCCGCCACAAACGCCAUGCUGCUGGCCCUGCCGCUGCCCGUUGUCCUGUCGUCGUCGACGUCGACGGCGAUGCGCACCUCGUGGCGCCGCCGCGCCCGCCUGGCCGCGCUUUUUGCUCUUGGCGUCUUUGCGACCCUCGUCCCACUCGUGUACCUCCUGCCGCCGCCGCUGCUCGCCGCCACCGUCGCCUGGACUAGCGCCGAACUGCUGGCCGCCGCCGUCGUCGUCAACGCCCCGACCCUCUGGAGCCUGUGGGGCGGCGGCGGCGGCUCAGCACGCCGCGGUGACGAGGACACCGGGUCGCUGGGCAAGAACGACGACGGCAGCGGCGGCGGCGGCAGCGCGACCAUGGACGGCUCCGGCAAGACAGACUGGGCGAUGAAGCGGGGCUCCGUGGGGCGCUUCUUCUACGACCGCGACGUCGGCGCCGAGCUGGCCGACCUGGGCGGCGGCGGCGGCACGACCGAGAGUCGCGAGCUGGUGCUGGGCGGCGUCGGCAACACGUCUACCGUCGGGCGCGGACCUGACAGGGACGAGGACCAGGAGCGCGGGCUCGAGUGCUACGGCCCCGCCGUCGACGGCGGGGCGCUCCGGCGGCAGCUGUCUACAAAGUCGGGCAUCACGCGCACUAUGGAGGUCAUCGUGACCACUACCAAGGUGGACCAGGGCAUGCCGGUCAGGAGCAGCAACCAUGACAUUGCGAAGCGUUGAGCUUGGUUGCUGGCCUCUCCCUUUCUCUGACAACUUCAUUUCUCUGGCGUCUUCUUUUUCUGGCAUCUUCCUUUCUCUGGCGCAUUAGUUACGUGAUGAGUUUCGAUAGUAAUGAUACCCCUUUUAGUUAAUUUUCAAAAAAAAAAAAACCGCGUGCCGCUUUGUCCC